ACCGCACAUCUAGCUAGCGUUCCGGCCUUGAGCCUUCACUAUACUGCUGAUCGGUCUGUAACAGGAAGAGUGAAGACAGAGAGAGAGGGAGAGCUGGCGAAGAGAGCUUCGACCCUUCUUCACUCGGCGAACCAAGUCCAUCCAGCAAGAGUUUGCUCCCGACCGGCUGACGAAAGCAACGACCGACCAUGUCGAGCUCACCGCCGAAAGCACCGCCGACCACUCAGGAAAUCCUGGACAAGUCCCUCAAGCGGGCUCUGGGGGGGGGCUUCGCGGGAGCGCUCGCGAUGGGGAUCAACGUCGGUACCUUGAUGUGGAUGCGAACGACGAUCAACUACCAGCUGCGGCACGGCGGUGGGACGAUGGAUGCCUUCCGCACUCUGUACAGCCAGGGGGGGAUCGGCAGGUUCUACCGGGGGGUAGGGCCGGCGCUGAUCCAGGGGCCGAUGUCGCGCUUCGGAGACACUGCGGCCAACACGGGGGUCUUGGCUUUGAUGGAGUCUUACGACUCGACCAAGAACCUGCCGGUGGGCGCGAAGACGCUCUGCGCCUCGGUAGCCGCGGCGCUGUGGCGAAUCUUCCUGAUGCCGGUGGACACCACCAAGACGAUAAUGCAGGUGGAGGGCAAGGAAGGGUUCCCGGCCCUCGUGAAGAAGGUGAAGGUGGGCGGUCCCACGGUGCUGUACCACGGAGCCUUGGCGGCAUCCUCGGCGACAUUGGUGGGGCACUACCCCUGGUUCUUCACGUACAAUUACCUCCAGGAGCGCAUCCCAAAGCAAGACUCAGGCAUCAAGAAGCUCGCACGGAACGGCAUCAUCGGCUUCUGCUCCUCGGUGAUGUCCGACACGUGCUCCAACUCAAUCCGCGUCGUUAAGGUCUACAAGCAGUCUCACACGGAGGCAGUGACGUACGUCCAUGCCGUUCGCGACGUGAUCGCCAAGGACGGCUUCGUCGGUCUGUUCGGGCGCGGCCUCAAAACCAAGAUCAUGGCCAACGGCAUGCAGGGGCUCAUGUUCUCCGUCCUGUGGAAGGCCAUCGAGGAGAAGAUCAACAAAUAGAGUAUCAGACGAGAUUACUGGCUUGUUGUAGCAGCAGUUUGAAACCGUCGACUGAUAAUAUGCGGUGGAAUUGGGGGGGGGACAGCGGGCGGGCUGUAGAGACUUUUGAUAGGCAAUCGGCGUCGUGGUGGGCGUGUUCUCCGGGCGACGUUUGGAGGCCAAUGGCGUAUUCCCGAAAUCGACGGUAGAUUCCCCGGCGGUGUAAGCAGGCGGCGGUGUAAGCAGGCGUGUUCGUUCUCCGUGAUUGCCCUGUAGGAUGAUCACCGCAGGGUCACCCGCCGCCACGCGACGAGUACGGGGGGAGGGGGGUGUCACCCUGUACGGUAUUUCUGGAUGGAUGGUUGUUGAUUGUAAUGGUCGCUGCUGCUCCUGCUGCUGCUGCUGCUGCUGCUGCUGCUUCGACUCCUAAACGCUUCUGCGGCAAUUGCUGUCGUUUACGCCCCCUAACCCUUUCGUUGUUCCGCCUCUAUGCCCACGAUGCACUCGACGCUGUGGAUGAAAAGUGUGUUUGCUUGCUUGGCGGGAAAAGUUGAUCCGAUGCGAGAACGCUGAUGCAACGAUAAUUGUUGGAUGGUACCCAGAUGUUGAUGAUUUCUACCCAAGAGGUUGGGAUGUAGAGACAGAGAGAGCGAGAGAGAGAGGGAGAGGCGUGCGAGGUGGAAACAGGAAUUGUGAAGAUGGAUGGAGAGAAGGUCCGCGGAUCAAGCUAUCUAAGGAUCUUGUGAAAAAUGGAUGGAGAGAGGAUGCGCCGACCAAGCCAGAGAAAGGGUUUUGUGCAUUUUCUGUAUCACGGACGAGAACGGAGGGUAGAGGAGUGCUAUAAGAGAGAGACAGACCGAGAGAUCGAGGAACCCCGCCAUAAAAGGAACGUCCUUCCAGUGGAAGGCUGUUUUUUUUUAUCGGCUGCAAAGGACGAUCGUUCUGCCGAAGAAUGUGUUUUUUUCUGGAGGAGGUAGGUGUUCCUCCUCCGCUCUUCGGUGAUGGUACCCAGUACUGCCACCCUCGGGAGACAUGUUUGCAGAAGGAAAUGGUGCAUUUUACUGAAACCACGGGAAUAUAUUGCGCUGAAAAGAAGGAUGGAAGGGUGCGUUUUUCGCUCACACGAAGGUGCAUUUUUGUGAAGGAGAGGGUACAUGUUUGCCUGAGGGAAAGGGAAGGAGAGGAAAAGAGAUGAAAAGAGAUGCGAAUGAGCUCGUGUGGUUCAUAAAGAGGAAGGGAUGUGCAGCAUCACUCUUCUUUUUUGAUAAGCCAUUUCUUCAUUUCAAACCACUCUUGGAGGGGUGUUGUCUGGAGGAGAAAAGCCUCAGUGCGGAUGGCCCGUUGAUGGUUAUGGAGGGUGUUGUCGCUGUUGAAGAUGGGUCUCUUCGACGAGACCCCCCACUCCCCAGGGUUGAAAAGGCGGGAAGGGCCAUAGUUAAUAUAGGCAGACUAGCGAAGACAUUUUUGAGCCACCUUCGGCAAAGUAGAAAGGAACGAUUGGCCAUCGGUGAUCGGUCCUG